GUAUUGGUCAAGAUAAAACUGUGAUGCUCAAUCUGAGUCAAGAGUCACGAAAGCCAAUAUCUUUGAAAACUCUGUUUGAGAGGUCGAACGACAAUCUUUUAUCAGUUAGUACCUCGUCAACACUUCUUUUAUGGUAUCUUGAUAGAGGGUUAUCCUACCAAUAG